GUAGCAGAAGAUUAAAUGAAAGAGAUAUCAGGGGGCAAAAAAAAAAAAAUCAAAGAAUGGAACAGAAUAUGGGUUUUAUAUGGUGGAUAUUGCAGCAAAAGGAAAAGACAGAGCUUCCAUGGUGAAGAUGAAGGAUGAGAGAGAGAGGGGGGGUUUAGGUCCACCAACUGGUAGUUAGAGAUAGAACUCUUUAACCAAACAUAUCCUCAACAACACCCAAAGAAGAAGAAGAUCAAGAAUUUGAUAGAAUAAGCAAAAAAAGGAAGAGAGAGAUGGAGAUCAACUAAUACCAACUAUUACAACUGGGUUUCAAAGCAAGAACCUCAUAAAGCAAAAAAGUUUCCUCUUUUAUCACCAAUAACAGAGAAAGUUAUCAUCUUUUCAAGGGAAGAGAUAAAAGGAGGGGGGUCUUGGGUUCACGUUUAUGUAUAUGAAUCUCUCACGUGGGGUUUGAUGGAUAGAGAAUAUAUGAUUAGUAAAAAAAGAGAGCCAAAAAAAGUGAUAUAAUAAUUCAUUUCUUUGCUCUUUUCUUUAUCUUCUUAUUCCUCUCUCUCUCCUUUUCUCUGACUCUGAGUAUGAAUUAUUAUUAUUAAAAAAGAAGAAGCUUUAUUUGGGGGGGAGGGGGGUUGAUUUGUUUUAUAGUUUUAGUUGAGUGUGUGCAAAAAAUUAGAUGAAAAGUGAAGUGUUGGUUUGUUGUUGUUCUUCUUCUGGGUUAUUGGGAUAGCAAAGUGCUUGGGUUCUUAAGGAUUUUGUUAUCAUCGGCGGAUCUUGUGGUGUUUUGAGAAUUCCUGUUCCCCACAACUCCCACAGCUGUUACUGGUUUUCAGUUCGUAGCAUGAUUGUGUAAAUCGGCUUGAACAAGUGGGGUAGCAAAGUUUCAAGGUCCUGAGAAAUAUUAUGGCUACUUAUGACACUGGUUCUGAUAAUCAAAAAGAUACUGCUCCAAUGAUCUAUUUUAGAGAAUCGAUGCCUGGUUCAUUUCCAGAGGCACCAGUUCUUCCUGGUAAUGCGAUUAUGUAUAUGAAUUCUGGGUCAUAUUUAGAUGCAUUUGCUGGGAAUUCUCAGCAACAAAAUAACUGCGUUGAGAUUCUGGCUGUGGAAGCUUCAGAUUCGACUCCACAGCAGCAAGAGAUAUUGUCAAACCUUGGUGGCUCACGUGUUGGUGACUUUGGUACUUGGAGGGAUGGUAGAAAUGAAAUUCUAGUUAUGCAUCCGAUGGAUGGUACUGCCAGCAUCCUUCACAGUGGUCAAAACUUGCAAGGUCAAGGAUUAUCGCUAAGUCUUGGAACCCAAAUUCCUUCAGGAAUUCAAAUGACUUCUAUCCCCUAUCGAAAUCCCAAUUCCACUUUUGCUUCGUUCUUGAGUCCUAAUCCAACACUUACCGGAGAGGGUGGCAGCAGGACUAGCUCUUGUAGAGAUGAACAGUCGAGAAACGCGGAAUAUGUUCCACCUGGUUUUUCUGGAGGUAACCAAGAUUCAAAUAAGGGGGAUUUAUCUGCAUAUGGAAUGUCAAGUACUUCAAGAACUAUUCCUAAUUCCAAAUAUCUCAAGGCAGUGCAACAACUGCUUGAUGAAGUCGUUAAUGUUCGAAUGGCUCUAAAGCAAUGUAAUGGUGAGAAAAACCAAAGCUCAGAAGACAACCGGAUGAAGAGUUCCAAAGAGGAUGAUGGAGGAUCAAAGAAAAUGCCCUCAAAUCGGCAAGAAUCCUCCAAUAACACUCCAAACCAGCUUUCACAGGCUGAGAAACAAGAACUACAAAGCAAGUUAACGAAGCUGUUGUCCAUGUUGGAUGAGGUUGAUAGAAGGUAUAAACAGUAUUAUCAUCAGAUGCAGAUUGUAGUGUCUUCUUUUGAUGUGAUAGCAGGGUGUGGAGCUGCUAAGCCAUACACAGCACUCGCGCUUCAGACUAUAUCCUGCCACUUUCGGUGCUUGCGAGAUGCUAUUAACGGUCAAAUUCGGGCAACACGUAAGAGUCUUGGGGAGCAGGAUACUUCAGAAAAUGGUAAAGGAGUAGGAAUUACUCGUCUGCGUUAUGUGGAUCAGCAGCUGCGACAACAGAGGGCUCUUCAGCAACUUGGGAUGAUGCAACAACAUGCAUGGAGACCUCAGAGAGGUCUGCCCGAAAGCUCAGUUUCAAUACUUCGUGCUUGGCUGUUUGAGCAUUUUCUUCAUCCCUACCCGAAGGAUUCUGAUAAGAUCAUGCUAGCAAGACAGACAGGCUUGACUAGAAGUCAGGUUGCCAAUUGGUUUAUAAAUGCACGGGUGCGUCUCUGGAAGCCUAUGGUCGAAGAGAUGUACAAGGAAGAAUUUGCGGAUGCAGAAAUGGACUCUAAUUCUUCAUCAGAAAAUGCUGUCAAAGCAACAAAAGGUGAUACAAGGACCUCUGAGGAUAGAGGUGAAGAUGUGCAACAAAGUGAAAGUUCGCUGGCCAUAGAGAGAUGUGACACCAGACAGUUGGUGGAUUCCAAACCCAACCCUGUUCCUUCUUUAGUUGAUAUGGCAGGACCAGUUACUGGAGCUGGUUUCCAGUACUUCACACGAGGAGAAACUGAAACCGAACAUAUGUUACUUCAGCUACGAGAGGAGCAGAGGCCCAAUAUUGAUGAUUCUAACCUGUUCCCUAAUGCAAUUUCUCAUCCUGAUGGUGAUAGUGGCCGGAUUAUGGCAGUAGCUGCUUACCAGAUGUCAGGGUUUGGUAAUUUUGGAAAUAGAAGCAGUGUCUCACUCACUUUGGGAUUGCAGCACUGUGAGGGUGGUAAUAUACCUAUAUCAGGUGGAGGCCAUCAAGAUUUUGUUGCAAUGAGAGGGGAUGACAUAUGCAAUCCUACUGCAUCAACUGUAGGGGCCGCCGAAACAUCAGAUUUUGAAUGCAUAAAUCCUGGAAACCGGCAACAUGGGUUUAGUUCCUCUCAUUUGUUACAUGAUUUUGUCACAUGAAAUGUGCUUGACUUCUGAAUUACAUUGGUUAAUCUUCAUAUCGUUCUCUCGAAACUAGAGAGCUAGAACCAGGUUCUGAACUUACCCGAAAAAUUCAUCUUGCUUGUCAAAGAUGAUGAAGUAUAAAACACAGUUGUAAUAUAAAUCAUUUGUAAAGAUACAUGAUUUUGGUUUAAUAUUUGAAGGAAAAAAGAUAUGUACAAUUAGUUGCAACUUCAAUAUCGAAGAGAAAAGAAAAAGACUCCUGAUUUGAAAUAAAAGGUAGGAUUUGACAUGUUUUAUUCAGGUAGACAA